AUGGGUAUCAGUCUGGAGGCAGGGAGACACUAUUCUCCUUCGCUUACUCACCCUCCCACGCCUCCACUCAGCUUACGCAUCCUCCGCCCACACACUCCUUCAGUGGCCCGUUCUCCCAGUUUCACAGUCGCGAUGCUGCCUGGUACAGGCGCGGACAAAUCCCACAUGCAGUCUGGCCCUGCAGGCGAGGGCGGAGUGGCCGUUGUGCUGCUUCGGCCAGAUUGGAAGUGA